UUAUAUUCAUUUGUCUUGGAUUAAUUUUUGUAUUCGGCUUUAUUCUGAUGGUAAUUGUAAGCUCUCAUCAAGGAAACGAAUGCUACUUCAAUAAUUUGGGUUUUACGGAAUUACAACUACAUUUUAUGUGCAUUUAUACAGAAAAAUGUAUGAACGAACCAUUUAGAUUAGAACUCGAUGGAUUUGGUCCUCUAUUUCAACGCAUUAACCCAAAUUUAGAACGAAAGGAAAAACAUCUAAGGAUCUUAAACCACUGUACCGCUUUUGCAUGCAAAGAAGCUCUUUUGUUUGAUGACACAUUUAUUGGAAAACUUUCACGAGACCUUAUUGAAAUAUGCAUUGGAUUGAUAACCACCUGCAUGUCAGCAAAGAAUUGUUAA